AUGGACUCUUCGCAGGAUCAAGUCGAGGCUCAGGCGGCUCAAGAAGUCCAGAAAUUGGAAGAGCAAGAGCAACCAGUUCCUCCUCCACCUGCCGAUGAUGUUAAGGUUGAUCUCACUACAGAUCUGAAGAAAGCACGUGGAGACAAGAAGGUCAAGCGGUCCGUGAAGAAGUCCAAACAUGUCGUCAUUGAAAGUUCAUCGUCUGAGUCUAGUGAAGAUAGUGACAGUGAAUCGGAAUCUAGCAGCGAAGACGAAAAGACCAAGCGUAAGAGGAAGCAGAAGACCGCAGCUAAGCGAGCCGCAGCCAAGAAGAAGCAAAAGGCGAAGGCUAAAUCGAAGAAGAGUAAAAGCAAAAAGAUCGAAUCUUCCAGUGACGAUGCAAGCUCCUUGGACUCGGAAUCGGAAUCGGAUGUUGAGGUCGUCAGGUCAGACAAGAAGAGUCGCCGCAAAGCACUCAAACUCAAAGCGAAAAAGAAGAAGACUAAAAAAGUCGAGAUUCCCAGCGAAGACAACAGCGACUCCUCGUCCAGCUCCUCAGACUCAUCAGAUAGCGAAUCAGAAUCUGAAGAUGAGCACUCAAAGCGAAGGCGAGCCAAAGCCAAGCGCAAGAACAAGAAGUCUAGGACAGUUGAGCUGUCCUCAUCCGAAGAAUUGUCUGCAGACGACGAACCACCAGUACCGCCCCCCGCUAUUCCGAUAGACGCGCCAGUUCCACGUGCCGACAUCAAUACCCAGGUUGCUCAUGUGGAGAGCAUACUGGUGGGUCUCAAAGCACAGCAGGUGGCUGGUGCCGCUACUCCUGCCGUCGUCAAGCUUGACAAGCCUGUCAAGAAGAAUGCUUUGGAGUUCAAGCGUGUGGACCAGGUCUUUGACAUGAAGAUUCGCGACUGGAAGCUUGUCGAAAGCAACAAUGAUACCAAAGAUGAGUUUGACUGCGUGUUCACGGUCCGCAGGAGGCUUAAUUGGGAGGGCAAGUACCAGGAGACGCAGGUCGAUAUCAAGUCAAAGGUCCUCCGAAACUGCCUGCAGGAGGUCUUCAAAGAAUGCAAGAGCAUCAGUUUGGUUGAAGAUACGCCUCAGCUUGACCCACAUACGCUAUUUCAUUACUACGACGAGCUCAAAGCGCAUGUCAAGAAGGAGUUGAAGCCGAAGCUCAAACGCGCCAAGAAGUCAAAGGACAGGAAGUUGCGCACCCAGCAAAUUGCACAGUGCAAGCUUUUGCUAAAGUACCUAGAUGAGGAUUACACGUCUGUACGUAAAGCUCUGAAGCCGAUGCUCAAGGCCGGCACCAUCACCUACGAUUUGGUGUGGGCGCUGUUCAAGCCUAAUACUAUCGCCUUCACACCGACAUAUGCGAACAAGGACGACCCGCGAUGCUUCCGAGUCGACUUUUCGUACGAGUAUGAGAGCUGGCUAACGCAGGCAAAAUCUUUGGUGGUUGAUGGAAGGUAUCUGGAGUACGAUGGAAAGCACUUUGGAUUGGGCGAUCACCAAGUCCAGAUUCAAGCUUUCAAGGGUCACAAGAAGAUUACGUCUCUUUCCGCAUAUCCGCUGAAGUACCACAAGGAUCCGGAGGGCGUGAGGAAGCAGCUCAUCGAGCGAGGCAAGAAAUUUGUGGCGCUUCAAGGCAUGAACUACCGCCUUCAGAAGGGCAUCGCCUACAUGAAGCACAAGAACAGCGUCGUGCGCUUCAACAUUAACGGCCGCGUCAUGAUUGACCCAGCAAUUUUCCGCCGCAUCAACCCCAACUACCAGCUCUCUUACAUCAAGCACGAUGAGCUGGAGCAAGACGAAGAAGGUGGCGACGAAGAUGACAGCGAUGACUGCUGUUGCGAAGACGACGACGAGGAAGAGGGCUCCAGCACAGACAAAGACAAGCUCCGCAUGGUAAUGUGGAAGGACAGCAACGGCACAAAACACCCCAUCAAGCUCCCACAAAGCGUCAUCACCCAAGAAUCCAACAGCAAUCCUGAAGUCACUCUCGAAGCCACCGAAGACGACGGCCCAGACAACAAAUCCCAUGUCUUCACCGAAGAAGAGCUCCUGAUCGCCUCCCCAGUUGUCCUGGGCUUCGCCUUCUCUGAGAAAUACUGGCUCGAAUUCUCCCUCGCCGGCAUCGAAGACAUCAAGUGGAACCCCGAAGCCUUCGAAUCCCUCGUCCUGCCCGACCGCAUAAAGCAGAACCUUAAAGGCCUCGUCUCCUCGCACCGCUUCAACGCCGCCAAAACCAUCGACGACGUCAUCCAAGGCAAGGGCAAGGGCCUCAACGUCGUACUCCAUGGCCCUCCCGGCGUCGGCAAAACACUCACAGGCGAGAGUAUCGCAGAGUACCUCAAGUGCCCACUAUACGCCGUGUCCGCCGGCGAACUCGGCACCAACAGCAAGUCUCUCGAACAAGACCUCAACCGCAUAAUGGACAUUACGCAUUCCUGGGGCGCGAUCCUCCUGCUCGACGAAGCGGACGUGUUUCUAGAAGCACGCCAGCCCCACGACAUUCACCGCAACAGUCUGGUAUCUGUGUUCCUGCGCCUGACGGAGUACUACCAGGGCAUAUUGUUCCUGACGACGAAUCGCGUAGAAACAUUCGACGAAGCCUUCCAGAGCCGCAUACACAUGGGCAUCCGCUACGAGAACCUGCCGCCCAAGGCGCGCAAGAAGAUCUGGCAGCACCAUGUGGGCAAGGUGGAGGAGAUGGCUGGGGCGGAGGGCGGGAAGGUGUUUAGCCCCGGGGAUUUCGAGGAGUUGAGUAAGAGGAAUAUGAAUGGGCGACAGAUUAAAAACACGGUCAAGACGAGCCAGAGCAUCGCACUCGCGGAGAAAUCCCCAUUUAGCAUGGAGCAUGUUAAGCGCGUGUUGGAGGUUGCAGAGGCGUUUGAGGAUGAUAUGAGAGGCGGAAAGGGAUAUAGGGAUGCGAUGAGGCAUUACACAUAG